AUGGUGCGGACCUGCCCCCGUGGCAGGUCCGUGUCAACGUUAGUUUUUUCCGCGUCAGUUUUUAUCCCUGCAGCCCUAAUUUCUAGCCCACGCACCCGCCGACCCCUUCCUCCUUCCUCCUUCCCCCUCCUUCGUCGCGACGCAGCCGCCGACCCCUUCCUCCUUCCCCCUCCUUCGUCGCGACGCAGCCGUCGACCCCUUCCUCCUUCCUCCUCCUACGUCGCGACAGCCGUCGACCCCUUCCUCCUUCCUCCUCCUACGUCGCGACAGCCGCCGACCCCUUCCUCCUUCAUCGCGACAGCCGCCGACCCCUUCCUCCUUCAUCGCGACAGCCGCCGAUCCCUUCCUCCUCCUUCGUUGCGACAGCACCCGCCGACCCCUUACUCCCCUUCCUCCUCCCUCCUCCUUCAUCGCGACAGCACCCGCCGCGGGGAAACUUCACAGACGCGGAAAUCUCGUCGCGCCCAAAGCUAG